GCGGAAAAAUUAAAAUAAAAUUUAUUUGUAGGUUUUUUGUUCUAAUACUUAUUCUGAUUACAGAGGAUGUUUUUAGAAUAUGUUUAUUCACAAUGUUGCCAAACUGUAGGCCAACUUGGUGUUUAUCAAGUUGGCCUGCAAAAGGAUCCCACACGUCUUUUCUCAUCAGAAAUACCAAACACUCAUCAGUUUGGUAACACUCCGCAGGGUGCAUACUCAUCCAUCGAACCGGAAAGGAGUUGGAAUACAUUGGAGCAACCAGCGACAGAUCACAAAGAUCAUUAUACGGACAUUUCUAUGAGUCGAUUUUCCACCUCACUGUCACCUUAUGCCUCCGACCUGGAUGUGGAAGUCCAUUUGAAUAGGACCUGGGUUCUCCACCGAACGUCCGACAGAGCACAACUCCGCUACUUUGAGCUGCUAGAAAUAUACAAGGCAGCGUUGAAUAAGGCGGCCAUCGACUUUAAACAUGCCACGUUCCAGAACCCGUGGACAUUUUUCUUCCACCUCCCUUAACUACGGUUGUAUAUGGGGAACGUCUCCUCCAAUCAGCGGACACAACACGUAGUUUUCGAAUAUUUAAAAAGAAUGUGGUUCGAAUUUCAUAAGCGAUAUCUGAUGAAAUAUGUUCGAAAAUGUUGGCAGAGGAUGCAGAAAUAAGCAGACACAUCACAAAAAUUCGGAAAAGUGGGAUAAACUGAAAGUGAAAUUAGGUUCAUUACCCACAUUGCAUCAAACUGGAAUAAAUGAUACACAUGCUCUACCAGUGUUUAAACGUAAACCUAAGAUUUACGAUUUAACAGCCAAACAUUUGAAACUUUGGGAUAUAAUAAGUGGGUCAAAAGUGGACAUGUUAGAAAGAUACCUCCAAGAAAGUCAGAGGUGCAGAAGAGAUGUUAAACAUAUUGAUGAAAAACGGGAAGAUGAAGAUAAGUUAUUUGAAACUGGAGACGACUUUUUUGCUAGAUUGAAUAUACCUCUUUCUGAACGUGCCUUUUCAUCCACUGAGAGAGUUAAAAGUUAUUGACGUUAUUUCUCCUCCAUUAAUGUUUCAUAUGAAAAAAUUGAAGAAAAAAUUAUAAAAACAAUGUUCUAAAUAACAAUAAAGCUUAAAAAAAUCUUUAUAAAUAAAUAAACCUUUCAA